GGAGGGAAAGAAAGAGAAAGAGGAGGAGGAGGAAGAGGAGGAGGAGGAGGAGGGCGCUGCGGCGGCGACGUAAGAUCCACCUCCGCUGCCCAACUCCACUCGCCGCCCCGCCGGCCCUGCCUCACUUUCUCGAGUGGCGCGGCACCACACACCGCUCCCUGCCGCCACCGCCUUAGGUGGGGAGCUGGAGAGAGAGCCGGCCCUCCUCUUCCUCCUCCUUUCCCCCCUCCUCCUCCUCCUCCUCUUCCUCCCGCUGGGCUCCGGAGGUGGGGGCUCUCUCCCCCUCUGUCUCUCUCUCCCUCGCGUGUCCCCCUCCCCGCCUCCUCCGCCCGCCGGCGCCGCCCCUUCGCCGGCCAGAAAGGGGCUGGAUGCUUCUCCCGGGCGCCUGGGCUCCAGGAUGUUAGGGACGGUGAAAAUGGAAGGGCACGAAAGCAACGAGUGGAACCACUACUACGGAGAGGCGCAGGAGGCCUACUCCUCGGUGCCGGUGAGCAACAUGAACUCGGGCCUGGGCUCCAUGGCCUCGAUGAGCCCCUACAUGAGCAUGAACGCCAUGAGCGGCGGGGGCGGCGGCGGCGGCAACGUGGUGACCUCGGCGUCCUCCUCCUCCUUCCACAUGUCCUACGCCAACCCUGGCCUGGGCGGGGGGCUGAGCCCCGGAGGUAACUCCAUGUCCGCGGCGGCGGCGGCGGCAGCAGCAGCGGCGGCGGCGGCGAUGGGCUCGGCCUUGAGCCCCGGGGCCAUGAACGGGCUGGGUCCCGGGGCGGCGCAGGCCUCGCUGAACGGGCUGGGCGCCUACGGGGCGAUGCCGGGGGGCCACGUGGGGGGCGGAGGCGGCCCCCCGCACUGCAUGAGCCCGCUGGGGGGCUACGCGCCCUCGGGGCUGGGCCGGGCGGGGCGGGACCCCGGCAAGGCCUUCAAGCGCAGCUACCCGCACGCCAAGCCGCCCUACUCGUACAUCUCGCUGAUCACCAUGGCCAUCCAGCAGGCGCCCAGCAAGAUGCUGACGCUCAGCGAGAUCUACCAGUGGAUCAUGGACCUCUUCCCGUACUACCGGCAGAACCAGCAGCGCUGGCAGAACUCCAUCCGCCACUCGCUCUCCUUCAACGACUGCUUCGUCAAGGUGGCCCGCUCGCCCGACAAGCCCGGCAAGGGCUCCUACUGGACCUUGCACCCGGAUUCUGGCAACAUGUUCGAGAACGGCUGCUACCUCCGGAGGCAGAAGCGCUUCAAGUGCGACAAGCAGCCCGGCGCCAAAACGGGAGGAGGGGGCGGCGGCGGCGGCGGACACCAAGGAGGCGAGAGCCGGAAGGAGCCAGGCAACACCUCGGGCUCGCCGUCGCAGCAGCAGCAGCAGCGGGGCGGGCAGGCCAAAGCGGGCCAGCUGGAGCCCGCCCCGCACAGCCCCUCGCCCACCUUGGACCACGGCGCCGAGCUCAAGCCCUCCGUGGCGGCGGUGGCGGCCUCCUCGGUGCCCGGCACGCCCUCCCUGGCCUCCUUGGGCCACCCGGGCCUGGGCUUGGGCCACCCGCACCCCCACCAGCACCACCACCACCACCACGAGCCCGCGCUGCACCUCAAAGGCGACCCGUCGGCCCACUACGCCUUCAACCACCCCUUCUCCAUCAACAACCUCAUGUCCUCCUCGGAGCAGCAGCAGCAGCAGAAGCUGGACUUCAAGGCCUACGAGCAGGCGCUGCAAUACUCCUCCUCCUCCUACGGGGCCGGGGGCCUGCCCCUGGGCGGCGGAGGGGCCUCCUCGGUGGGCGGCCGCGGGGGCAUCGAGCCCUCGGCCCUGGAGCCCUCCUACUACCAAGGUGUGUAUGCCAGGCCCGUCCUAAACACCUCCUAGCCGCACCGGCGCCCCGCUCCGACGCCCUCCUGCCCCCCCCCCCCAAAUGCACCUCCCCGUCGAUCCUUCUGCAGACUGACUCUGUGCCCCCAGGCUGGCACCACCCCGGCCUCCCCAUAGACCCUUUGCCCACUGAUUGCGCAGACUGACUCCACCACAAAGGAAGCAGAAAGAGUGGGGAGGAAGAGAAAGGACUGUUACUUUAUGAUCAUGAUUGUCGUUGUUGUUAUUCCUGUAUCCCAAUGCGUCUUCUUUCUUCUAGUUUCCCCCCCCCCCUCCCCAGGCCCCAUCUACACUGACUAUUUAAUGCAGUUCAAACUGUUGGAGAAUCUUUGCAGUUAGGCUCCAAAAAUAACCCUCAGUCCACCAUAAAUAUAGGUUAGGUAAAGGUUUUCCCCUGACGUUAAGUCAAGUCAUGUCUGACUCUGGGGGUUGGUGCUCAUCUCCAUUUCUAAGCCGAAGAGCCUGUUGUCCGUAGACACCUCCAAGGUCAUGUGGCCGGCAUGACUGCAUAGA